GCCCACCGGAAGUGAUGCUAAGCCUAUCGGCCGGCGAUAAGCAUAUUCUUCACUGCAUUUUACUCGUGUCUGUGAUAGUAGUCUUCGAGUAUCUGUCGGGUGGACUCAAGUUGUGGUACACCGACACCGACUCCGCGCCCAUCGAUCCGUUCGUGGCCUACGGCUGGUGGACGGCCGCCGGGCUAUACCUGUUGCGAGUGUUGGCGCUGUUGUCGUUGCCGCAGGUGUUGUGCAACUUCUUGGGACUCACUCUGUAUAACGCGUUCAACUCGAAAGUCACACUCCGCGGGACACCACUGUUGGCCCCAUUCAUAUGCAUCCGUACCGUCACUCGUGGCGAUUAUCCCGAUCUCAUACACAACAAUGUUAGUCGCAAUCUUCAGACCUGCCUAUCGGUAGGUCUCGAGAACUUUAUCAUCGAAGUGGUGACCGAUCGGGCCAUCGGUCUCGUCAAACACCCGCGCAUUAGGGAAGUGGUGGUCCCGACCUCUUAUAAGACCAAAUCCGGAGCUCUUUAUAAAGCUCGGGCGCUUCAGUACUGUCUGGAAGACGAGAACAAUAUAUUGGGAGACAAUGAUUGGGUCGUCCACUUGGAUGAGGAGACCAUUAUGACAGAGAACGCCAUCCGCGGUAUACUUAACUUUGUGUUCAACAAUAAACACGAGUUCGGACAGGGAUUGAUCACUUACGCCAACGAGGAAGUGGUCAACUGGUGGACAACACUGGCCGACAGCUUUCGCGUGGCCGACGAUAUGGGAAAACUGCGGUUUCAGUUCUAUAUGUUUCAUCGGCCGCUCUUCAGUUGGAAAGGCUCAUAUGUUGUGACAAAACUAAGUGCCGAGCGGUCCGUAUCGUUCGAUCACGGAUUGGACGGAUCAGUGGCCGAAGACUGCUAUUUCUCGAUGAUUGCCUACAAGAAUGGCUAUACGUUUGACUUCAUAGAGGGCGAGAUGUGGGAGAAGAGUCCGUUCACUAUCACCGACUUUCUGCAGCAGCGGAAGCGUUGGAUGCAAGGGAUCUUUCUGGUGGUGCACUCGCGGGCCAUUCCCAUCCAAAACAAGGUGUUUCUGGCGCUAUCGCUGUACGCGUGGCUAACGAUGCCGUUAAGCACAUCGAAUCUGGUGUUCGCCUCCCUAUACCCGCUGCCAUCGACCUCGUGGUGCAACUUCUUGUCCACAUUCGUUGGCGCCGUCUCUAUAUAUAUGUAUUUAUUCGGUGUAAUGAAGUCAUUCAGCUUAAGCCGAAUCGGCGUCCGGCGGUACCUGUUGUGUCUGUUGGGCGCCAUCUUUACCAUACCAUUCAAUAUAGUGAUCGAGAAUAUAGCCGUUUUGUGGGGCUUUUUAGGCAAAAAGCAUAAGUUUUAUAUCGUCCAGAAACAAGUGCUCCCGACGUAUAACAUAUGAUUUUGAUUGCAUUUUUUAGUUUUAUUUUGUUAUUUGUUUUUCCUGUCUCUCCAUUGCAUUGCAUUUACAACUAUUAGCGAAC